AUGAUAGUUGCAACUCGAGAAAGUCAUUCACGUCUCCUUCAUUUUUCUGAACAUCGUCCUCGUCGUCGUCAUCAUACAUUAGAUAAUGCAACAUUAGAUCAAUUUAAUUUUAUUUGUGUACCAUUAAAUCUUGACGAGGGACGGAUUAAUCCGUCAUGGUCUCAUUCUAAUUUAACUAGUACAUCUUCAAACGAUUUUUCAAAUUCAAAACCAACAAGAUUAUCAUCUCCUACACGUCGUGUUCGUUUUAAAUUUGAUGAAAAUAAUAAAAAUGAAGGUGCUAAUAAUGAUGAACAUGCACGUUCAUCCGAUGUUAUUCGAUUGCCAAAGAAUUAUUCAAUUCAUCGUGUUGAAUUUCAAAUUCCUAUUCAUACUGGUAUCAUCAUUAUAAUAUUGUAUAAUAUACAUAUCGUCAAUGUUUGUCUUUUUUUUUUCAUUCAAGAUGUCAAUCCAUGGUUAAAUAUUGAUUGUUCAUCUACAAUGCCUACACCAGCUAAAACACGUUCGUUAACAUCACAAAAAAUUGAUAUAAACUAUAGCAAUAAUAAUAAUAAUUCGAUAAAUGGACAAGAAAUGACAACGUUCAUCAAUUCUCCAACAGUACACGAACAACAAAAUCCAUAUAAACCAACAUAUACAUUUCCCGAAGAAUUUGAUGGUAAUUUCGAACGUAUGGAAGACUAUAUGAAAAAAGCAGCUUCGCAAAAUAUCGACGAUGAUUAUCGACAUGUUCCUUCUUCACCUAUACGAACAUCAACUACAGCUAUUAAAGAUCAUAAAGCAAUACCAAAACGAAAUACAGAAAAACUAAUACGUUUUGAUGAUCAAUUAUCAUCACCUACAAUGACAGCAUCUUCGGUGGAACGAGCUAAAUCAAAUAAUGAUGCUUCGACAUCAUCUAUCAUGAUCAAUUCAAGACCGAACACGAACUGUAUUCGAACACCAUCAUCAAUAACAGAUGAUGAACAAAAAUUAAUCUACAAACAAAUAUUACGUGGUGGAGAUAUUCCAUCAACUGGUUUACAAAAAUUUUCUGCUAACAAUAGAGGUAGGCAUUUUGAUUUCUUUUUUUUUCUCAUGUGA